CGGGCGAACGCAGCGGCGGCUGCCCCCGGGCCCGCGGGCCGGGCAUGGGCGGUGCGGCGGCGGCGGCGGGCGGGCGCUGAGGCGGGCGGCGGCAGCAUGGAGGCCAUCUGGCUGUACCAGUUCCGCCUGAUCGUCAUCGGCGACUCCACCGUGGGCAAGUCCUGCCUCAUCCGCCGCUUCACCGAGGGGCGCUUCGCCCAGAUCUCGGACCCCACGGUGGGCGUGGAUUUCUUCUCGAGGCUGGUGGAGAUCGAGCCGGGCAAGCGGAUCAAGCUGCAGAUCUGGGACACGGCCGGGCAGGAGCGGUUCCGGUCCAUCACCAGAGCUUACUACAGGAACUCAGUUGGUGGACUCCUCCUCUUUGAUAUUACAAACCGCAGGUCCUUCCAGAACGUCCACGAGUGGCUAGAGGAGACCAAGGUGCACGUCCAGCCAUACCAGAUCGUCUUUGUUUUGGUAGGUCACAAGUGUGACCUUGACACACAGCGGCAAGUCACCAGGCACGAGGCUGAGAAACUGGCUGCUGCAUAUGGUAUGAAGUACAUUGAGACCUCGGCUCGGGAUGCCAUUAACGUGGAGAAGGCCUUCACUGACCUGACUCGAGAUAUAUACGAGCUUGUUAAAAGGGGGGACAUUUCAAUCCAGGAGGGAUGGGAAGGGGUAAAGAGUGGGUUUGUCCCAAACGUAGUGCACUCUUCAGAAGAAGUGGUGAAAUCAGAUAGGCGAUGCUUGUGCUGAGCUCUUCUAGUGAGGCAAGUGGUGAUGAACUCUACUAACCAAAUGUACUUUACUAAGUGAACUCGGUGUGAGAGAAGGGAGAGCAACACUCCCGUUGUGAACAGCCUCCCGCAGUGUUUUGGACACCAGAACAGACCCCAGAAAGACAUGUUCUGUUCCAAAUAACCUUUCAGAACUGGGGGCUACAAACCUACAGGAGAGUGAGUGAGGGUGCAUGUAGCUGUUGUAAGGAGACAGGAAGCAGAAAUGAGGGGCUGCACAAGACAGGAGAGAGUAUGCAGAGAGCUGGAUGGGCUGGCACAUGCCAGGGUACUGUACUUGUCCUCUUUUAAGUAAAUCCAUAGCUCCAUGUUGGGUAUCGAAGCCACAGUAUUGGUACUUUAAUAGUAUGAGAAACAGGCAGACAGAGAGAAAGAAAGAGGACAUCUUCCUUUGUGUCAGCUGUUUACUACAGGAAGGUGAAAAGGCAGCACAGAUACUGUUUCCUCAUAAGCCAGGCUCCACAGGAGAAGCUUACUGACAUGGUGUGCACACUUCUGAAUUUUCUUUCUUAUGUUCUUGAACCUAGUUUGAUAGCAAAGAUUUAAAGAGGAAAACAGUAGUUAUCUGACUGGUAAUUAACAUUUAAAUUAUUCCCCUCCCCAGUAGUGCUUUUCUUGCUGUGCUGAACUGGGACUCUAAGUAGCAAUUCCUGCUCCAGUAGUAAUUAUUCAGUGCAUUUUUACACAUUUACUGCCUAGGUGAGUACCUUGAAUGUACCCGAGUUCAGGGCUUUCCAAUAGGAUUAAGUGGUCAGGAGCACAGAGAGAACCACAUCCUCAUAUGUUGUAGCUUAAGGGUGGGGUGUUGCAGCCAGGUGGGACACACCAACAUUUCUCUCUUGCUAACAAACAGCAGUGUGCUGACUCUUUGGGUGUCUUACCAGCCAGGUCACAAGGAGGAAUGGAAAAGGGGGAGACAGGGGAAACAAACAUCAAAAAAAAAACUUGAAAAGCUUAACUCAGGUGCGUCAGCCAUACUAAAAGGUGAGAUUUGUUUUUAAAGAGGUUAAAUAGCAUAGAAGGCAACAGCUUCCAUCAGUAUUUUCUGCUGUUAAAGUGUCGUUUUCUUUCUUGGCAUCUGUGGAAGACAAGAAACUAGCGCUGGGAAGGAGGAGCACACCCCAGGAGUGUCUGAGCAGGUGGAAAGGAAAGCCACAAGAUGAGCUCGAGUAACAUUUGUUUUCCUCCAUGUUUUAAUUUGACAAAAGAGGAUCCAUCUCAGGUUUUGGACAUUCCCCUUUACUGCUCCCAGAGACAAAUUCCAGAAAGCCUGCAUCAGUCAGUGCAUGCAGGCCUCCAGAGUAAGUCUUCAAUUUAAAAACACAAGGAUCAUGAUUCUAAAGAGGAACAGUGCAGAAGAAAAUGUACGCAGUCUUAACUACUUAGAGGUAAUAAAUGGUUAUAUUAAAUGAUAGAGAAAUCAUUAUCUACAUCUUUUUUCUAAUUCCUUGCAUUUUCUAGACAGCUUAUUCAAAUAUAGGAAAUGUAGAUUCAUCUGUACAAAAUUUGGAAUGUUUUUUUCUAAGAUGAAGAGCUUAUAGGAUAUGCUAUGAAUUCUUUUCUAACAACUGGUUUUAAUGCUUUGACUUCUAGUGCAAGAGGGGCUUAGAGAAAUCAGCAGGUGCCACCUUUCACAGGACAAAGGUCAGGAGCUCUUUUACUCUAGGACAAAAAGAGAAAAAAUAAACCUAAGAGAAAGCUACUUUCUGUGGUCUGCACCACACAUUAAAACCAAUCUGCAUGUUAGACUGCAACUGCUCAGACCCUCUGGAAUAAAAGUGUACGAUACACUUUCCGCUUUCUGUUAUGCACUGUAACGAAAUGUGAAAAUACUGCUGUAUUUAGCUGUCUGUAUGUGAUUGAAAACAUGCUUGUAUUUAGCAAAAUGAUUACUACGUGAUAAUGUGAAAUUCAAAACUUGUAAAGAAA